CAAAAUUAAUUAAAAAUACCCAAAAUAAAAUUUCCAGUUAUACCUGUCUGCAUUUUCCCCUCAAAAAUCCAUGGCGAGAACUAAACACCAAGCAGUAAGGAAACAACGUGGUCGACAGAGUUCCGCUGCCGAUGCUUCCGCUUCAGCUUCAAGGGAGACGCCGAGUAGAAGAAGUCCGAGGACUACGCCGCAAAAUCGAGCUUCCCGUUCCCAGCCUCCCACUGGCACUGGGACGCGGAAACCUCAUCGUUUCAGGCCUGGAACGGCGGCUUUGCGUGAAAUACGGCAUUUUCAGAAGACCAUUAAGCUUCUGAUUCCGGCUACUAGAUUCAUUAGGCUAGUUAAAGAAAUUAGCAACUUUUAUGCACCAGAGGUAUCUCGCUGGCAAGCUGAAGCUCUAGUAGCACUUCAGGAGGCUGCGGAAGAUUUUUUGGUUCACUUGUUUGAAGAUGCAGUGCUAUGUGCAAUUCAUGCAAAGCGUGUUACCGUUAUGAAAAAAGAUUUUGAGUUGGCUCGGCGACUUGGAGGGAAAGGGCAACCAUGGUGAGAUCACGACCGUCCCACCUGUUAAUGAAGUGCCGGCAAUCAACCAUUCCCAGACAGAUCCACAUCCCUCCAUUCUGACAUUAUUUUGAGCAUUCCAGAGUAGCUUGGUGUUAGAGCAUUUGUUCAAUUGUUUGUAUGUGAUCUCUGCUUUAAAGAGAAUGAUUAGGUUGAACUGUAGUAAAUACUUACAGUGUAUGCUAAUUAAAUUUGGCUCUGUAGUUGGAUCCUCCUAACAUGAUCAUACAGAUGAUUAGCCCUGAUGUUAAGUACUGAAUAUGACUUGUGAAUUUGUGAUAACAUUUAAUGUCACUUUAUUGCUUCAUUUGUCCUGAA